AGGGAGGAAGGGAGGAGGAGGAGGAGGGGGUGACCACUAUGUGUGUGUGUGUGUGUGUGUGUGUGUGUAUGAGUAAGAGAGAGAGAAAGUGCCUCCAGCUCUCAGUCAUUCAUCUCUUGGUCAGAGAAGAGGAAACUACAACAGGACGAAGAGACAGAGAAAAAAAGAGAAGCUGCUGCAAAGUCCUGAGACUCUCACCUUCAAAAGCUGCAUUUUUAAUUCUCUUUUUCCAGACAAAAUCACUGACCACUGCAACACUGAGAUAAACCCACCAGGAAAUUGUUAUUAUAAUUAAAAGCCAGAAGAUUCUGUUUAUCAUUGGAUUUUUUGAAGUAUAUUUUUUUGCAUCUUUAAAGAUUUUUGCGACUCAAACCCCUACAUGUACUGUAUGUAAAAAAGGGGGCUUCUGUCACUUUUCUUUUUUUUUUUUUUUUGCUUUUUCUCCUUUUUUCCCUGAGUGGUGACCUCAGUGGGAUCAGAGUGCUCCAGGACGAGCUCCGGGAAAAGGAGGAGGAGAGGGAGGAGUAGGAGAAGGGCGUCACACCGGGAGACAGAGAAGGAGAGAAAAAGCAUCCUCCCCUCCUUCCUCACCCAUCAUUAUAUUACACCAAUUCAACACUACAUCUUUACAGUAACACUCUAUAUUUGCAGACGACAUACAAAUGUGUCCGCAAAUAAAUCCUUGCUUUUGUAGCUAGUACGACCAAUCAACUCACAGAAAGUGCUUCAAGACCAACAGAAAAACCCCAUCGGUAACUCAUUAACAGACACUUUCAUACAAUUACACACGAUUACAACCAGGACAAGUCGCCGAGUCGCUGCAGAAUGGAUCUCCCAGCGGUCAGAGGACUGUCCGAUGUGCCGUGAGGGUUGGGAGCCCACCCCCCAGCUGUGGCCUGCAGUCCUGGUGACACCCAGCCUGGCUCACCAGCAUGGACUCCACUCAUUCCUUUAGGAUGGAGCUGGACGGGCUGGACCUCCAGCAGGUGCCAGUGCUGUCGCUUGACCAGAUACGUGCCAUCCGGGCCAACAAUGACUAUGUGGAAAGGCCUGUGGCGCUGGAACCGGCAUCACAGUCUGGAUUUUUCUACGCCCACGAAGACCGCUACCCACACGGAGUAUAUACCCAUCAUCCCCAGACCUCCUUCCAUCCCGCCAUACCCCGAAGCCAAAGUCAGCAGCAGCACUCUCACCUUUCCCACCUGAGCCGCUCCAGUACCAUAAGCUCUUCCAUUUCUCGGACCAGUGCCACGUCAGACCAGCGACUGCUGGCAGGUUUGACGCCAUCUCACUCUGGGAUCAGUUCAGUGGUGCGUUCUCAACCUAAAGGAGAACUGAAGUCAGACAACUCCUUUGGUAAAGGCCUGACAGCAGAUGAGGCUGGGCUCGGCCCCCACAUGUUCAUCUGUGAGCGAUGCGCUCGUUGCAAGUGCCAGGAGUGUUGUGCCCCCCGCCGCCUGCCUUCCUGUUGGGCCUGCGGGCAGCGCUGCCUUUGCUCUGCGGAGAGCGCAAUUGAGUACAGCACCUGCUUAUGUUGUGUCAAAGGCUUGUUCUACCACUGCUCCGCCCAGGACGACGAGGACAACUGCGCCGACAGACCGUGCUCCUGCACCUCGGCUCACGCUUGUGCCCGCUGGGGCACUAUGGGGUUGCUGGCAGUCUGCCUGCCCUGUCUCUGCUGCUACCCACCUGCCCGGCUGUGCCUUGCCCUGUGCCAGUGCGCCCAUGACCGGGCCACACGUCCCGGCUGCAGGUGCAGCAACACCAACACCGUGUGCCGCAAGAUUUCCGCCUCCAACCCUAACUGUAAUCACCCUUCUUUCCGCGGCAAAUCCUUGGAGAAGCCAUUAUGACAGACUUGGAUCUGGGGUGUCAGAUAAAUCCACUACGUUUAGGCCAUCGCAAGAGUGCUACUGCUGACAGAGUACCUAACAUAACAACACACCGACAAACCAAACUAUAAUUAAGUGUUGCUCAGCAAAUGUACUUCUUCUCCAGCUCAGGAGGGACCAAAGCUUUACUGUGCCUGUUCAUUUGAAGCCGAAAUGCAUAAGAAACAAACAAACAAAAGAAAUCCUGCUCUGCUGGACUACCCUACAACCUUAACCAUGACCUGUGGACCUAGAUCAACACUGUCUCUGUGCAUUCUGUGAGUCUUCAGAUCGAUUUCAUUUUCAGUUUCGCCCCUGGCCUUUGUAAAACACUGAGACAGGUGAUGGACCAAAUCAAAAAGGCACAUUAAGUGACUCACUGUGUCUGGUCUAAUGCCAACAAAAUUAUCUUUCUUCUUGAAAGGAUGAAUCAGAUGAAGCGUUAAAGACGGCCAUCGCAGUGACUCAACAAAAGUGGCUGAAGAUUAAUGAGGUCAUUGGAUGAAACCACUUUUCUUUGGAGUAGACGUCUGACUGCAGAUAUGCCAAGAUAUAAAAGUCAGAAGAAAGACACUUGUAAACAACAGGUUAACACCAAAAAAAG